CAGGAAAAUCGCAGCAAAAACUCGCCUUCUCCGUCCGUACCUCUAGUUCUUCAUUCCCCCUUUGACAUAUAUUUUUCCUGUUUAACGCAUAUGCUAAAGUCUACUUGGGAUUUCGUUCCCUGUGGACGAGAAACUGCUGCACGCCAUCGCCAUCUCGUUGUCGAGUCUUCCGGAAUGCAGCAAACAGACUUUAGCACACUUUUCAAAGGAGCCAAUCGUUUCAAGAUCAAACCCAAAGAUUCCGCGUAUACACUUUAUGCAGUCGACGACAGACCUACUACCAAAGAUCUAUUUCAGCAACAGCAAGAUCGUUACGGCGACCAAGCUAGUGCUACGAAUAGCACUAGUAAUAACAAUCAUCAACGUCAACAUCGUCCACAACAAUUACAAAAGGAGCAACAGCGUCGUCGGCCUAAUCCACCAACACCUUCGGCACCAUUGCGUCAUACCAAUAAACGACAUGUUUCCAAUCCAGCAAUGAAUAUCGAAGAAGAAUUAUAUGUGCAAGGAUCCACUGUCAUGUGGAGUCGUGGUGGCCAUCUUUUGAUGUCUCUCAAGUACGAAAUGGAAAAGCAGCCUGUGGAAAUUGCACUUUUUGCUUGGUUUCCGUUUGAACGCGUCAAUACAACAAACGACGCUACAGGAAACCCUGUUUAUGCGACAGUUGAUCAGCGCGAAGAAGACCGGCUUUACACGGAAAGCAGUGAUGAUUUUGAUGAAAACGAUAAUGCCGACUUGCUCAAAAUGAUAUUGCAAACGCAAGGUGUGUUUUCGAUUUCGGCGAGCAACCAAAAUAUAGCAAGUAGUAGUGGCACUGGUGCAGCAAAAGUUUCAGGUUCCCUUUUGAGUAAACGCAAACGGAGCGAGGACUAUUUGGCCAAGGAGCAAGGGACGAGCAAAGAGUCAACGUUACGCGACGGAAGCAUAUUACGAAAAGCAUUGUGUAUCAUACUGCGUGACACCGUCAAGAUUCAUUUUGAAGACGGUAUGAUGUAUACGGUCCAUUUACCGUUUCCAGUACAAAAUGCAUGCGCUCUACAAGUUGGGUUGUUGCUUGAGCCGAAACGCGGUGAACUGGUGACGGACGACCAUGGCAUUACCUUUAUCAGCAUUACGGAUCCUACACGCGAAGCAGAAUGGGUCAGCAAGGCUGAGGAUGGAAACGAUAAUUCUUAUGCAUCCAUCAGUUUUUUCGACAAGAAACAAGUUCCAGCAGCACAUGAGCUUGUAUUUACGACCACGGUCAAUGAUUAUGCAGCGUCAACAGGCAGUAGCAGCAACAGUGGUGGUAGCCGUAGCAGUAGCACCAAGAAACAACAACAACUCGUUGUUACCUAUAACGAUAAACGAUGUGCUCAUUCCGUUUGGCUAUACUCGGAUCAAAAGGAUCGUGUGCUUCCAUACUACAAGAGACGGAAACUGACUUCCUCCUUUGGAUUACAGCCUCCAUCGUCACCGUCAUCCAGCAAUAAAUCAAAAGGCAAACAACGGAAAAAUCUGACAUCUCCUUCGCCAAUGGCAACAACAACUCCACCUUUGACCCGUAAGGAUUCCUUUGUCCAAUUCCAUGAAGAUUACAGCUCGGAUACAGACCAACUUUUUGGCUCAGAAGCCGGUGACAGCUUCACCGAGUCGACUGAUGUUGCUCGUCUAUACCUUCAUUUGUUAUAUGAAGAAAAGCCAGCACGUCGAAAAGGACAACGCCAGUCAUCGGUUUUUGUUGCCCACGACACGGAUGGAUCUGAGAUCUUAUGCAUCAUGAAAAAAAAGGAGGGGUUACUGUUAUGUGUAAGCGUUCCACAACUAUUGCUACGACGCACGGACCCUUUGGUCGCACAGAUUGCCGCGUCACACGCUGUUCCAGUCGUUUCACCAAAAGGAUCCAGAGAAAUCAUCAUUGUGCGGGACAACAAACUUCAACUCAUUGUCGAUAUCCAUCAACAACUGCUAAUUCCGCUGGCCAUUCCUGAAUACUUGGUAUCAGACGACGGGAAUUCACGGGCAGCAGCAGCAACAGCAUCACCAACGAUCACCGAUCUUCGUGACAGUGCUGUUUGUCGAUUCAAUAUCGUAUCAUCCGAUGGCAGAAUCAAACGUUGCCAAGUCGAUAUCACACCACAAUCUGGCAUGGUUCUUGACGGUCUUGCAGCAUUAGCGUGUGCACUGUCAAAUCAGAAAUAUGGGUUGUUCCGGAAACGGUUUCUGGAGUACUGUUUCACUACUGCCCUACAACAGAAUGGUACAGUUGACCAGAAAGAUCGGGUGGAAGUGGAAUGGGAGGCAUUUAUCAUUACAUUGCUCUCGUUUUUUCCAUUAUUGGCACCAUCGUCAUCAUCAUCAUCGUCGUCGUCGUCGCCGCAAGCAAAUGAAGAUGAUCCUAUGGAUAUUUGCAGCAGCAGCACUACUACUACCAGCACACCCACAACCAGUGACGAUCAGCAAGUUCCUCCGUCGCCAUUGCCACUGCUGCCACCACAAUCCCAAGUACUGCGACGACUUCCACCCAAGUUACGAGCGCUCGUUCAACAACAACAACAGCAGCAGCAGCAGCAGCAGCAAGCGCCCUUGAUCAAUAAGCCCGAGCCACUGUUGUCCAACAAGGUGCGAUCCUUCGUCACCAAGGCGAUCGAUUUGAGCGAAAAAGAUACAAAGGAAGGGGGUAAACAAGUGGCAGGUUUUCUUAACGAUUCGGACAACAUUAUACGCUAUCUGCAUUUACAAUACGAAGAUUAUCACCUAUCCAAAGUCAAACGGAAUCAAAUGCUUCAAGAUGUGGGACUGUUACUGGUUCUGCUCUGCACAAUGGUGCGUAAAAAGACAUGGAUAACGUAUUAUGUCGCACAAGGAUUUGAUAUAGGUCCCCUCGAUCAUGUCAUUCAACUAGCUGAUCCAGUCACGUAUACAAGGCGACGCUACAUCGAUCCCCCAGACAUCAUCAAUACUCUUUAUUAUUUUCCACCUACUACAGAAAAUCCUACAAAGUUGGACGAAGUCUUUGGUGUAACCCGCAUCGAUCCACCCUUGGGAAAUAACAACCAGCAAUAUACGUUUGCACGCACUGUCAAAAUGGUCUGGAUGUUGUAUGAAGCACUUGGCACCGGUGGGCCUGAAAGAAUGGUCCUACGUAUGGUGGAAGAUGGGAUAUAUCAGCGUGAGAUUGAAGACAUUGAUAGUUUUGUGGCGCGACCUUUACUUGAAGUCUUGGAAUAUUUUCGUGAAAAGCCGGUCAUGACAUGGACGCCAGAACAUUAUCGGGUCAUAGAUCGACAUGAUAUGGCCGAACAAAUGUUGGUAAGAUCGACAGUGGUGGAUCCUAACGCGGAAAAGUUUCGUCUUCCUGUUCAAAAGUCGGAAAGAAACGCACAGGAUGCUGACUCCACUACGACCCGAUCAUUCGAAUCUGAUAAACUCAAUGCCGAUACUGAAAAUCUACGUUUCGGAUAUACUGGCGUCUUAGACACGGUACGUACUUCUUUGGAUAGCACCCGAGUGCCAGAAAUUGUGGUUCCUGAUCGGCCUGAUCUAGGCGAUGACGAGGUCACUGCAGAGCACCAAGUGCAUGUCAUGAACCUGAUCCAGCGAACGCUCGCCUUGUCUGUUGGCCGAGGCAUGUACUCUUUCGGAACAUACAAACCUGAUCUGACCAAAGCAUUUCCACUGGACACCAUCAAUCUAUCAGCCAAGCUACUCCCACUCCGUACAGUAGUUGCAGCCGACGACCGAUCAUGGAGCCAAGACUAUCUACAGUGGCCACAAUUCCACAACGGCGUCGCAGCUGGCUUGCGCAUCUCCCCGAGCCACAAAGUAAGCGGAUCCUGGAUCGUAUUUAGCAAUCCCAGCGAACUCAAGCCAGAACAUGGUGGGUUCCUCCUUGCCCUGGGACUCAAUGGCAACUUGCGCCAACUACCUUUACUCCAUUGGUAUCGCUACAUGACUCAAAACUGCGAACUGGUGACUGCUGGCUUUGUUCUUGGCGCAGCAGCUGCGUAUCGAGGCACCAAGGAGAGUAAAGUGACCAAACUGCUCUCUGUCCAUAUACCCGCACUGCUUCCGGAAGCAUCAACAACGUUGCGACACUCGGUGCUGAUCCAGUCCACGUGUUUGCUCAGCAUGGGUCUUAAUUAUAUGGGAUCAUGUGAUCGGCUGAUGAGUUCGGUUAUUCUUUGCGAAAUUGGACGACACGCGUAUGCAGAUUCGUCCAUGAUGGAUUCGGAUUUCGAAAGUUGUGCGCUGGCUGCAGGAUUUGCGCUCGGAUACAUUACGUUGGGUAGUGGCGGGGAAACGGCGGCGUUAGCGGAUUUGCACAUUGAGGAUACGCUCCACCAGUUGAUGACAGGUCGAGAGCGUGGUGCACAGCAGUCUUCGCGCAACCCGAUGGGAGGCGGUGCACGUGGCGGCGGGGCCGUUGGAGGAGGAGAUGGAGGAAUAGGAUCCGCGCCAUCGUCAUUGGCAUCAGGGCCAGGCGGAAUAGGGGAAGCAGGAAGCAAGCAGACACGACAAAAGUUCAUCAAUUUGGAUGUAACAUCGGCUCCAGCAACGAUCGCUCUUGGGCUAAUGUAUCUCAAGACUGAGAAUGCAAGAAUCGCCGAAAGGAUCGAUGUGCUCGAAACCCGACCGUACCUGAACUAUAUUCGCCCUGAUUUCCUACUCGUUCGCGUCGUCGCAAAGAACCUCAUCAUGUGGAACACAAUUCGGCCGACGAACGCCUGGAUCGACCUUCAACUUCCCCCCUUCAUGCGUGAAAAUCCUUCUUCUUCGUCAGAACAACAGCAACAACAGGAAGACUGGCAAAUCGAGGCGUCCAAACAAGCCAUGUACAAUAUCAUUGCAGGUGCAUGUCUAUGCAUCGGUCUUCGGUACGCGGGUUCCGACAACCAAGAAGCAUUUCAAUGUCUUUUAUCACGACUCGAUCACUUUAUCAAGUUGUCCAACAUCACUGCGGUCUCAUUCCAAGAACAUAUUACAAAGAAUGCAGUGAAAACAGCCGUGGAUGUGCUUGCGACUGCAGCUGCCAUGGUAGUUGCAGGUACCGGCAACCUGACACUGUUGGAACGACUCAAGCAACUCCAUGGUCGUACACAUGGCAAUGUCAACUAUGGUAACCAUAUGGCAACGCAUAUGGCCAUGGGUCUACUAUUUACCGGCCUUGGUGGUUACACGCUCAAGACGACAAACGAAGCCAUUGCAGGUCUACUGACAGCGUUCUAUCCAUUUUACCCGAUAUCGCCCGACGACAAUCGAUACAGCCUGCAGGCGUUUCGACAUUUGUGGACCUUGGCGCUGGAUGUGCGAUGGUUGACCCCGUUCGAUGUGGACACGGUGAAACCAUGUCGGGUCCCGCUUCGUCUGACGGUGUAUCAAGACGAGCCUUGGCUGCCCGAAGCAGAACGGCGACUGAAAGAAAUACGCGUGAUUGCACCCACGGUCAUGCCAACGUAUACGCUCGUCAAGAGUAUUCAGCUGGAUAGCGCGCGGUACUGGCCAAUUUGUGUACAAAUGGACGGCACAGGUCCUUAUCAAAAGUCUGUGCUCGAUUCUGGCGUAUUGUGCAUCCAACGACGACCAGGCGAAAUGACGCACGAUGAGGUAAUAUGACGCUCUCUCUUUCUUUCACUGUGGUACAGAAAUCGAAAUAUAUGCUGGCCAAAAGCUUACCCGUUCAUGUC